GGGGUCGCCAAGUAUUUGCUGUAUAAAGAGGUGUAAAGUGGCCAUCGCUCCUUAAAUUAUAUCCUCAAAGUUGCUCACUCCUUCCCACACACACACACACUGCUCCAAGUCCCCACUUCUUCUUCUUCAUCAUCAUCAUCUUCUUAAAUCUCUCACACAGUUGCUUAACGGUUUUCAAUUUUUUUUCUCUCUUGUUUCUAAUUUUGCUCAUUUAUAUAUUCCACCGGAGAGAAUAUGAUCUCAUGGCACGACCUCUACACGGUCCUCACGGCCGUGAUUCCUCUCUACGUAGCUAUGAUCCUCGCCUACGGCUCCGUCCGAUGGUGGAAGAUCUUCUCUCCCGACCAAUGCUCCGGAAUCAACCGUUUCGUCGCCAUCUUCGCCGUCCCUCUCCUCUCUUUCCACUUCAUCUCCACCAACAACCCUUACGCCAUGAACCUCCGUUUCAUCGCCGCCGACACUCUCCAGAAAGUCCUCAUGCUCGCGCUCUUGGUCCUCUGGGCUAAUUUCACCCGCUCCGGUAGCCUCGAGUGGAGCAUCACCAUCUUCUCCCUCUCCACACUUCCCAACACGCUCGUCAUGGGAAUCCCUCUCUUGAUCGCCAUGUACGGCGAAUACGCCGGCUCGCUCAUGGUCCAAGUCGUCGUCCUCCAGUGUAUCAUCUGGUACACGCUCCUCCUUUUCCUCUUCGAGUUUCGCGGCGCCAAGAUGCUCAUCAUGGAGCAGUUCCCGGAAACUGCCGCUUCCAUCGUUUCGUUCAAAGUCGAGUCCGACGUCGUUUCCCUCGACGGCCACGAUUUUCUCGAGACCGACGCGGAGAUCGGCGACGACGGGAAGCUUCACGUCACCGUGAGGAAAUCAAACGCUUCACGCCGGUCGUUCUGUGGGCCUAACAUGACUCCACGGCCGUCGAAUCUCACCGGAGCUGAGAUUUACAGCCUCAGCACAACUCCUAGAGGCUCUAAUUUCAACCACUCCGACUUCUACUCGAUGAUGGGUUUCCCCGGCGGCCGGCUCUCCAAUUUCGGUCCGGCCGAUAUGUACUCCGUUCAGUCUUCGAGGGGUCCCACUCCUCGACCUUCCAACUUCGAGGAGAAUUGUGCGAUGGCUUCCUCCCCAAGAUUCGGAUAUUAUCCAGGAGGAGGUGGAGCCGGGUCUUACCCGGCUCCGAAUCCGGAGUUCUCAUCAACCACUGCCACGUCUACAGCCAACAAAGCGGUCAAUAAAAAUCCGAAAGACAUCUCCACGACGAAUCCUCCAACCGGCGGUAAACCUAACAAUAAUGACGCGAGCGCCAAGGAACUACAUAUGUUCGUGUGGAGCUCCAACGGGUCACCCGUUUCGGAUCGGGCGGGUCUUAACGUUUUCGGUGGAGCACCCGAUUCGGGAUCAAACAACGAACAAGGUGGAAGAUCUGAUCAAGGUGCCAAAGAGAUUCGAAUGUUAGUCCCUGACCAAUCUCAGAACGGCGAGAACAAAGCUAUUGCUCGUCCGGGAAGUGGAGAUUUCGGAGGUGAACAGUUUAGUUUCGCCGGAAGAGAAGAAGAAGGAGAGAGAGCGAAAGACGCCGAGAACGGGUUGAACAAACUUGCUCCUAGUUCCACGGCGGAGCUGCAAUCGAAGACAGGACUCGGAGGCGAAGCAAGUCACGGGAAACAAAUGCCUCCGGCGAGCGUGAUGACGAGGCUGAUUCUGAUCAUGGUGUGGAGGAAGCUAAUCAGAAACCCAAACACAUACUCUAGUCUCAUUGGUCUCAUCUGGGCUCUUGUCGCUUUCCGGUGGCACGUGGCAAUGCCGAAAAUCAUUCAGCAAUCUAUCUCCAUUCUAUCUGAUGCUGGUCUUGGAAUGGCAAUGUUCAGUUUGGGGUUGUUCAUGGCGUUGCAACCAAAACUAAUCGCUUGUGGGAACUCCGUGGCAACGUUUGCUAUGGCCGUUAGGUUCCUCACGGGUCCGGCUGUGAUGGCCGUUGCCUCCAUAGCCAUUGGCUUGCGUGGUGAUUUACUACGUGUAGCCAUUGUUCAGGCUGCAUUGCCUCAAGGGAUUGUGCCGUUUGUGUUUGCAAAGGAGUACAAUGUUCAUCCUGCUAUUUUGAGUACAGGGGUGAUAUUCGGAAUGCUUAUAGCACUUCCAAUCACGCUGGUUUACUACAUUCUACUCGGAUUAUAAGCUUUUGAUUAUGGAAACUUCCAAAAUGGAUCAAUUGUAGAGGGAGAAGGAAGAAGAGAAACAAGAGAGUGUUUCAAACUUGUGGGUGGAGCAAAUUAAAAAGAAGCUUAGAGUAUAUAAGUAAAAAAAAAAAUAGGGAGUAGCAUGAUUUAAGGAUGAUGAUGCCUACAUUACAAGCCAAGAAACCCUUUCUUCUCCAUAUUUUUUUACAUAUAGAAAAUUGGGAGAUAAUAUGAGUGAGACAAUGGGACGCAGAUAAGGAGGAGCAAAACAUGGGGCAACGAGACAAAAUAAAGAUAAAUAAAAAAGAUUGGAGGAAGAAGACAACUUAUUAUUUUUGUAACUUUUAUUUGGUUUACACAAGUCCCUUUUUCACUUUUUUUUUAAUGUGUUCUUUGAUUAGAUUUCGGGUAACUAUUGAUUAAAUUACUGUGUAGAUUUUUUUUUUUUUAGCAAAGAAAAGUGUGGUUUUGAAUCUUCCCUGGUUCCAGUUUCAGAUAAGCAAAUAGUAACUCUUUUAGAAUGAAAGAGUUUCUGGUAAAAUCUUAGAUUAAUAUUUUCUUAUUAAAUUGUUGAUAUUUUAAAUGGGUGGAUUUACUGCUCC